AUAUUUUACUACUCCUAAAGAAAAGUUUUGUUCAAGAUUGUUUUUUUUUUCAUUUUCAACCCACGACGAGUUACAGCAACUACAGUCCUUCCCAAUGAGUAUUCACGGCCCCACCUAAAAGAAUGAAGGCAGUUGCGUUGUGCAUUUUCAUUUUGAUUGACUUCUAUGUUUGAUACAAUUUAUUAUUUAUUUAUUUCGUGCUUAAAAACAAAAUCCGACUCAAAGCACAAAUAGAGGGAGCUUACAACUUUCGCGCUGUUGUCUGUGUGCUGGGGUUGCGUCGAUUGUGCUCUUUACGACCGAUGAAAAACCUCCAUAGUCAAGCAGAGCGCUUGCAAAAAAAUGGAACACAAAGCGGAGAUUUGUAGCUGCACCAAGAGAGCGUUUUUUUUCUGGUAGUAGCAGUGGAAGCACAUCACUAGUAUAAAGAAAAAUCAAAUAUAUCAACACUAUUUGAAGAAAAACCGAGAGUACUAGAGGAAUCAGUCACACGAUUCGACACAUUGCUCCGCCUUGUCAGGAUGCCCUUAGGUGGUCGUGGGAGUGACGAAAAGGAAGCCGGGCGCAAGCUUCGUGAAGCUUUGACAAGUGGCGCGGCAGACAGGGAAGCGCGAGUUAAACACGCAUGGCAAGAAUACUGGAGUGUGUUCAUGUCGAAAAGCGAAAAUACUACGGGUGGAACUGGUUUCGACACAACAAGCAACAAAGAAGUGUUGAAAAACAAACUUUUAAAUGAAGUACUCGAUCGACAGAAGUUACCAGACUCUGUCAGACAGCGUCUGACGGAAUUCAUGGGCGCAACAUCCGGCGGGGGCAGCAUUGUGAAAUUUCUUUUUUCAACUCAGCCUCGACGCCCUGACGAGAGUCAGACACCCUCAAAAGGAAGACGUGCAGUACCGACGCAGCAAGUCACGAACACGAAUGCAAAUCCUCCCGACACGCCAGACUAUGGAGGUCUCUACACCCCGGAAUCCUGGAUCGAAUCGUACCGGCAAUUGUGCAUUGCGAAAAACCUCGAGACGUUAAUCUCAGAGAUGAUGAACAAUACGUAUUACAAGUCAAUAAUCGGGCUCGGGGGAAAAAAAGCCUUCCAAGGGACACGGGGGAAGAACUUGUUCAGCAAGAAUGGCACAGAUCUCAGAGACGCACUGGCUGGCAAAAUCGGUGUCGCGAAUGCAGCUCCUGGCUUUGCAGUCAAAGGGGUGACAACGUCUCCUGAAGCUAUCGCGGCAGACCAGCAUGUAAUCGACCACGACGACGAGAGCCUCAACUGGCUUAUUAAGUCGGGAUUCGCAACAAGUAACGACGGAAAUGAAAACGCUUUGUUCGAUGCCGUUGCGAAUGCAGGAGAUCGCUUGCUCGGCAUCGCGCGUGCGUCGGAGCGUGAUCUCGUCAACUACAACGACAAACUGAUAAGAAAGCAGAUCGUGAACAAGAUCAUCGAGCAGGGCAGCAACAUGAAGAUCAGCUCAAGCCAGCAGCGCGGCAGCAACCGAGACCAAUUGGAGGCGACGAUUUCUCAUCAUAUCUCUGAGCACAUAAAGGGGUACGCCGUGAAAUUCUCCGACAACGCGCGCGAUCGAUGGCGCCGCCAUCAACGUGCCCACAAUGAUGGUGGGAAUGUCUUCGUUCACUUCAAAACUCUGCUGGAACUUCCUUUUCCUUCAUAUAAUUCCUCGACUAGUAGACUUUCAACGGAGGCUGCGAAGUUCGUUUAUGGUGCACUGAAUAAGAAAUUCCAAACGAACAAAAAAGUCACGCGAGUUCUCUUCUUGGAAGCAGCACCAGACGACAACAAGGUGGCGUCCAUCGAUCCUGACAUGCUGAAAAGACACUUGCGCAACACACAGGCGAUGUACGAGUACGAGGACCACGAGAAGUGGCGCAAGCAGAAGCUACUUGAAGAAGAACAAGCAGAAAUAAAACGGCGCAAGCAAGAAAAACAAGCAGAAAGAAAUCGGCGCGAGCAGAAGCUACGUGAAGAAGAAGAAGCAGAAAUAAAACGGCUACGUGAAGAAGAAGAAGCAGAAGAACAAGCAGAAAUAAAACGGCGUCGGCAAGCAGAAAUAGAACGGCUACGUGAAAUAAGACCAAAACGGCUACGUGAUGAAGAAGAACAAGCAAAACAAAUAAAACGGAGUAGACAAGCACGAGGACGAGGGCCAAGGACGGUUCAAGGACACUCGACAGCUCUUCAAAUUACCGGCUCUGAGCAAGCCGGCGCAGAACACGCACUUAUGCUGAAGCCCGCGCAAGGCUUUCAAGCUUAUUUGGAGUAUGCGAAGCAAAGCGUCGAGCUUCCUAUCGGUCUUGUGUGCGUCGCUCUUCUCGCCUUUGUUCUGUACCGUUGGACCCCAUGUGUUCGCCGCCGUUUCUCCCAAUUAUUACCGGCUAAACCGCGGGCAACGACGAAGAGCACCUGCUGUGCCUGCGGCCGUGAUGGGGAGGACAAGACGGGAAACACGGAAGACGAAGUUCAAGAUGAAUUCAAGGCUACAACUGCGGGUAGAAAAUCUAGAAAGAAACGAAACGAGAGAAAGAAGCACCUCCAACGCCGCGUGCAAUCGGGCAACGAAGACGAUUGCAAAAGUGUGCCAGCACGCGACCAAGCACUACUUCCACUUCACAUCGGAAAAAAGAAGGCCAAAAAACCGUUCGUGAUUGUGUCCUUUCCCGAGGACUUGUGCGAAAACCAAUUGGGCGACCACGCUGCGGAGCCAGUACAACCUGCGUCGUUCGCCAGGACGGAAGCAGACCACGAAAACCACACCGGCAGCACAGGGCAGCAGGCUAAUGGCUGUAAUCCCGCGGCUGGGGUCAGGAUCAUUUCAAAUUGACACACGAAACUAGACAUAAAGAACUGCAUCACGACGGAAGCGUCAGUAGCAAAGUCGCAGUCGAGCCUUGAUGAGUAAAAGGCUUUCAAAGACGAGGCGCGUCACGUAGCGCGCUUGUCUUGUCCUGCAUUGAUGUCUAGUUAUGAUCGUGCACUACGACGAGCAAGUAGGCCCACACUGAGCCUGAGUUUGGCCACGGUUGAAGAUGGGAGCCCUGCUCGUUGCGAUGCAAGAGUUAUUUCAUCGUUGAGGUUCGCGAGCAAUUCGUGUGGUUGUUAUGGGUAUGGAGAGCAAUUGUCUUAAGAAUAAGAACCUCACUUGAUGCAUUCUUGAAGCCUACACGUAGAUAAAACAUGAUCAUGAUACAAUGUUGUCGAUUCUGUCCCUGACACGGACACGGUGUAUUUUGCGUCUGCAUAACAUCAAAGCUGGCCGUUGUGGACGUGGACGUGGAAAAAGGCCGAGGACAAGUACCCGAGGCGAAGGAGCCGGCCUACUCGAGGACUGCUUCCGACUGCACGAGUGAAGAUGAGUCUUCUGACUCCUGCUCCUCGUCCGCCUCCCCCGACCACAUCACCGACAUUGCUUCCGCCGCACCGGACACCGACCAGGAGGAUUGGGAAAAGCCGGCGGUGUGUCCUGCUGCUCCUUCGAAGAGGGAAACCGAAGAACAAACGCCGCUGCUCCGCAACGAGUAG